AUGUCUUUGCAGUCUAUUGUUGCGUCGAUGAUCGACGAUGCACCUCCGGGCAACAAUCUUAACCUUAUCAAUGACAUAAAAAUACUGCUCAACAAGGAAGACUCGCGCAGGAUCAUUGCUGAGAACCUGGAACAAUUCUAUCUCAACAAAGACUUCAAGCUCGUCAAGAUAAACGACAGCGACUUCGCAUUGGUUUCAAAAUUCAACAAGAAGGGCGUCAAAUUCUUCGACCCGGUGCUCAACAUCACUUUUGACUACGAUUUCGACGCGCUCAAGGUGAUAGACGUCGAAGCCGGUCAGACUCCAGUUUCCGACGAGGUCGAAAGCUACAACAAGGAAUUCGCCGAGUACUGCGCCAAACACUAUCCGACUUUCUACAAGUCACUCGUGGUUGCCGACGAGAGCGACCCGGCUGUUUUCUACUUUGUGAUUGUGGAUGAAAAUCUGAACGACGCAAACUUCUACAAUGGAAGAUGGCAAUCGUUCUACAAGUACAACUCGAGCACGAAACAAUUAACCGGGGAAAUCAGCGUCAAGAUCCACUAUUACGAGGACGGAAACGUGAUUCUCAACUCAGGAACCAAGAUCAGCGAACAGGCCGGCUCCUCCGUGGUGGACACCAUAGCCAAAGCAGAGACCGCUUUCGAGACCGCUGUGUUCAGCAAGUUCGCUAACCUGAACGAAGACCUCUUCAAGAACCUGAGAAGACAGCUGCCAAUUAACCGGUCGAAAGUCAGAUGGGGAGAUGCCAUUGGAAACUAUAAACUUGGCCAGGACGUUGUUGGGGGAAGACAUUGAAAUAGCUUAUUAGUCAUAUUAAUUUCAAUAAUGUGUAAAUGAUGAAGAAACCUAACACUCCAACCACCACCAUCCGGAACGUCUGCGGUUUGCUGGCAACCACGCGUCCCAGCUUGGACGAUGUUGUUUUCACGUUCUCAAACAGUGCGCUCAUGGCGUUGGACACGUUGGACAGCGUGGUGGAGUCUUCUUGCGCGUAGUUGUUGAUAUCGUUGGCUACAUUCUUGAACGUAGAGAUUUUGCUGGCCAGAAGAUUGAACUGGGACUCG